AUGCCAUGCCAUGCCUGCAGUUCGCUCAAGGAGGUCAGGACAAAGUUCCACAGACCUGCUGCAACGGCCUACACAACCUCGCCGAUAGCGCAACGACGGUCGACGACAAGACCGCCGCCUGCAAGUGCUUGGCUACUGCUUUUCAGAAGUUCCCAACCAUCAAAGACGAGGAUUUGCAGAAAAUUCCUGGGCUGUGCAAUGUUACUGUCCCCUUUCCUCUCUCUAAGAAUCUCAAAUGUGACAAGUAAGUGGAAUCCGCUAUGA